CCUGCCGCCCGUCUUUGUAAGGAGACCACUGAGACUAGCAGGAUCGUGGAGCAGCAGCCUCUCUGCUGCCCUGACUUUUUAAGAAAUCUCAAUGAACUACUUGUAAAGAAUCACUGAUCUUGCCUGCAAGCUUUUUGCACGGCAAAGACAUCGAUCAGUGUUAGCUGAAGGUCACAUUUUAUAUGUGAUCUUGACUUUUUUGUCUUACAUUAUAUUUUUAUAGAUUUUGUUAUAAACAUGGUGCUGGGAAAGGUGAAGAGUUUGACAAUAAGCUUUGACUGUCUUAAUGACAGCAAUGUCCCUGUGUAUUCUAGUGGGGAUACAGUCUCAGGAAGGGUGAAUUUAGAAGUUACUGGGGAAAUCAGAGUAAAAUCUCUUAAAAUUCAUGCAAGAGGACAUGCGAAAGUACGCUGGACCGAGUCAAGAAACGCCGGCUCCAAUACUGCCUAUACACAGAAUUACACUGAAGAAGUAGAAUAUUUCAACCAUAAAGACAUCUUAAUUGGACACGAAAGAGACGAUGAUAAUUCCGAAGAAGGCUUCAACACUAUUCAUUCAGGAAGACAUGAAUAUGCAUUCAGCUUCGAGCUUCCACAGACACCACUUGCUACCUCAUUCGAAGGCCGACAUGGCAGUGUGCGCUAUUGGGUGAAAGCCGAAUUGCACAGGCCUUGGCUUCUACCAGUAAAAUUAAAGAAGGAAUUUACAGUCUUUGAGCAUAUAGAUAUCAACACUCCUUCAUUACUGUCACCCCAAGCAGGCACAAAAGAAAAGACUCUCUGUUGCUGGUUCUGUACCUCAGGCCCAAUAUCCUUAAGUGCCAAAAUUGAAAGGAAGGGCUAUACCCCAGGUGAAUCAAUUCAGAUAUUUGCUGAGAUUGAAAACUGCUCUUCCCGAAUGGUAGUGCCAAAGGCAGCCAUUUACCAAACACAGGCCUUCUAUGCCAAAGGGAAAAUGAAGGAAGUCAAACAGCUUGUGGCUAACUUACGUGGGGAAUCCUUAUCAUCUGGAAAGACAGAUACCUGGAAUGGAAAGUUGCUGAAAAUUCCACCAGUUUCUCCCUCUAUCCUCGACUGUAGCAUAAUUCGUGUGGAAUAUUCACUAAUGGUAUAUGUGGAUAUUCCUGGAGCUAUGGAUUUAUUUCUUAAUUUGCCACUUGUCAUUGGUACCAUUCCUCUACAUCCAUUUGGUAGCAGAACCUCAAGUGUAAGCAGUCAGUGCAGCAUGAAUAUGAACUGGCUUGGUUUAUCCCUACCUGAGAGACCUGAAGCACCACCCAGCUAUGCAGAAGUGGUAACAGAGGAACAAAGGCGGAACAAUCUUGCACCAAUGAAUGCUUGUGAUGACUUUGAGCGAGCACUUCAAGGACCACUGUUUGCAUAUAUCCAGGAGUUCCGGUUCUUGCCUCCACCUCUUUAUUCAGAGAUUGAUCCAAAUCCUGAUCAGUCAGCAGAUGAUAGACCAUCCUGCCCCUCUCGUUGAAGGAACACUUGGUUAGAUCAACUUGAUGUGGGUCCCGAACUGUAUCUCUUCCCAGCUGAGGACAGAGAAGUAUCUUGGAGACACGUUUUUCAGAGGAAGUGGAAUUGCUUUUGCCCAGAGUAAUGGCAGAUACAUGAAACAACCAGUGAUCAUGCUUUAGAAGCCUACAGCAACAUUCUGGGACUGCUCCAACAUGCUUGAAGAUCUAAGCUUUUCUCCUUUAAAACAGGCACAUAGUAAGAGCAGUCUUCUUAGCCUAUGGUCAUACGUGUCAAGAUACCACGUUGUAAAGAGGGAUGAUUUCCUUCUUUUGAUUUGAAAAUUUGCACAUGCUCAAUGCUUACAUUGUGCAGUUCUGAUAUCACUACACCUUUUUUUUUUCCAUUUAUGCCAGACUCUUGAUACUCUUUAAAAACUUGUUUGCGGUCAGCACAACAAGGAACAAAAGAAAGCUUUGAAAAAACUUUAACAUGAGAAAAACGCACUGACUUUUUUUUUAUUUAAUAUAGCCUGGACUUUACCUGCAUAUGCACAUGCUCAGAAAUGUCCUACUAGGAUGACCAUGUAUCACCUCUUCAGCUUGGAUCCUAUUGUGGAUUUAUUUACAAACAUCAAAUGCCUUCAAGCCAAUCCUUCUUGCUGUAUGUUUUGCAGCCUACUGUAGUAGAUACGCAACAGAUAUGUGGGAAAAGAGAUAAGAGGAGGAAGCUAAUAGACUUUGUCAAGAUUGUAUACCUUCUUGGUUUCUUUUAAGAAUUUGUUGCCUUUCUACUAUUACAGCAAAGCAGCAUUUUGUUACUGACUGCCUAAAAUCACUUAAUCUCAGGUGAACGCAUCACUUGCCAAACUGUUGGAAUGCUAUUUGUGUUUUGUUGCACUGUUGAGUUAUUUUUUUGUUUGUUUGUUUGGUUGGCUUUUUGGAGAGGGAAAUUUGGAAAAGGGACAUACACAAAAGUGAUAACCCACCCACAUUCCCUUUUUAUCAUUACAUAUAAGAAGAAACUAGCAGAGCUAAGAAUGGAGUAAAGAAAGGCAGUAUGGCAGGCACCAGCAAAGAGUUAAGGGCUUAUUGCUCUUAAAAAUUGUUAUUUUUAUUAUUUUAAGAGUAUGAAAAUUUUCCAGUCACUGGAGAGGAGGAGAAAGUGCAUUUAUUUUUGUACGGAGUUACUUAAUUACCUCCAAAACACAUGUUGGAAAUCACUUUUGCUGGUGCAGAGUAUUUUAAUGAGCAGGAACACACACACACACACACACACACACACACACACACACACAUAUCCAGGUUACAAUUAGAGAGCUCAAGAGCUUGAAAACCCAAGUUUAUUCUAAAAGUGCAUAACUUCAAAAUUACAAAUACACUAGAAUUUGUUUUGGAAUGAUAACUGUUUUAUAUUUUUGUGGGGUUUUUUUUUAAUGAAAGUAUUUUUUCCAUUACCUAAAGAACAUUUUGCUAAACGAGAAACGACUCACUUUGAGUAUAUAUAGAUAAGAAGAGCAACCACUUCAGUAAAUUAGUUUAUAUUAAAGAUAAUUUACAGUUGGCUCAUAACAAAUAUACCAGCAUUCAUGAUGACACUUAAAAACUGCAUUUUCCAAGGUACCAAGUAUACUGAUUGUCUUACUUAAGGAAUUCAGUUCUGAUGGUUUUAAUGAAAAUCAGCAUCUCUGAUACAACAUACGUAUAAAAUGGGUGUUAGUUACAUCUAUCCUGCCAUUUAACCCCACAGUUAAUAAAGUGGCUGAAAAUAAUAGUAACUCUGGCUUGGUGCUUGACCUGGUUAAAUACUGUCUUAAAGCUUCAUACAAAACAAAUAGGCUUUUCCAUAAGUGGCCUUUAAGAAAACAUGGAAGACAAUUCAUGUUUGAAAAAUGCUGACAGGGUGAAGAAAGCCCAGCAUAAAAAUGAAUCGCGUUUUAGGUGAUUCAGUAAAGGGUUUGGGCUCCCGUAGCAAACUAAUACUAGAUAAUAAGGAAAUGGGGGUGAAAUAUUUUUUUAUUGUUGUUAAAUCAUUUUGUGAAUGUCCCCCUCAAAAGAAGCUAAUGGAAUAUUUGGCAUAAAGGGCAUUUGGUGGUUUUAUUUUUGUUUGGGGGGGGCGAAUGUCUGAAAAAUCCCUUUUCUUUUCUCUCUUAUGUCUGACUAGGGAACAAUUGUUGGUAUGCAUAGCAUUGGAAUACUUAUCACCAUAUACUCUUAUUUAUAACACAUGAAACAAGAAUGACCAAUAUUCUGAUAAUUGGCACUGGGUCACAAAAUAAAAUGUGAUUAAAUUUUGAAUCUAUAAAACUUUAUCAGAUAAGGUUUUAUUUUCCCCAUCAAAGUAUUUCUUUCUUAUUUAGAGGCAUUACUUUACUCUUUUCUAAAUAUUGGUCAAUUCCUGACAUAAGAUGUGAGGUUCACAGUUGUAUUCCAGUAUUCAAGAUAGAUUCCUGAUUUUUCAAUUAGGAAAAGUAAAAUCCAAAAUGUUAGCAAAACAAAGUGCAAUAUUAAAUGUUUGCUUUAUAGAUUAUAUUCUAUGGCUGUUUGUAAUUUCCCUCUUUUCCCCCUGUUUUAUUUGGUGCUGAAUAUGUCCUUGUAGGCUCUGUUUUAAGAAAACAAUAUGUGGGAAAUGAUUUGAUUUUUCCUAUUGCUCUUCCUUGUGGAAAAUAAAGUGUUUUGUUUUUUUCUUUUUUGUAAAA